CGGAGGUCGCGUAGACGUGCGGGAAGCCGCUCCGCAAACGCGGGGAGAGGCGCAGGUGGCUGUCCGGCAGGAGCGCAGAUUGGGUCAAGCACGCACCAGGGCAGCCCCCGUAGGCCGUCCCAGAAGCACGUGCGCCGCCGGGGUCCUAAUAGUCAGCGCUAUUUUCUGCUGCACGUGGCUUCAGCGCGAUGCCCAAAUCCAAGCGCGACAAAAAAGUUUCCUUAACCAAAACUGCCAAGAAAGGCUUGGAACUGAAACAGAACCUGAUAGAAGAGCUUCGGAAAUGUGUGGACACGUACAAGUACCUCUUCAUCUUCUCCGUGGCCAACAUGAGGAACAGCAAACUGAAGGAUAUCCGGAACGCCUGGAAGCACAGCCGGAUGUUCUUUGGCAAAAACAAGGUGAUGAUGGUGGCCUUGGGUCGAAGCCCGUCUGAUGAGUACAAAGACAACCUGCACCAGGUCAGCAAGAAGCUGAGAGGUGAAGUUGGUCUCCUUUUCACCAAUCGCACUAAGGAAGAAGUGAAUGAGUGGUUCACUAAAUUCACGGAAAUGGACUACGCCCGAGCUGGUAACAAAGCAACUUUCACAGUGAGCCUGGAUCCCGGGCCGCUGGAGCAGUUCCCCCACUCCAUGGAGCCACAGCUGAGGCAGCUGGGUCUGCCCACCGCCCUCAAGAAAGGUGUGGUGACCCUGCUGUCCGACUACGAGGUGUGCAAGGAGGGCGACGUGCUAACCCCGGAGCAGGCCCGCGUCCUGAAGCUUUUUGGGUACGAGAUGGCUGAAUUCAAGGUGACCAUCAAAUAUGUGUGGGACGCACAGUCUGGAAGGUUUGAACAGAUGGGGGACGACUUGCCAGAGAGUGCAUCCGAGUCGGCAGAAGACUCCGAGGAAGAUGACGACGACUGACUGGAAUGCUCGGAACGGAGGCCUCUGGCAAGUCCCAGGUCUCCCCUCGGCUGGACCAGCAGGACUACUGCCGCCCCGCUUCAGGGGGCAGCUAUUUAUUUUGCUACAGGUGAAGACAAGGGAAGGUGAAAGGGACUAUGUUUCUGUAAAGAAUAAAGCUUCGUCUGCAGGGUUUCUCCUUGUGGACAGCAAAAGGAACUUCUCUUAGAAAAAGGAGCCUUUGGAUUUGUGCUUUUGUCUGCAUUCCCUGGAUUCCCUUUAUUCGCCUCAUGAGCCUGCUUCCAGCACUGGCCACUGCCUGACCA